AUGUUGUACACUAAUGUAACAACGAUAAAAGAUUUUUUCCUUGUUGGAUUUCCUGGACUUUUGCCAGAGUAUUAUGGACCUGUGUCAGCUCUGCUUUUUGUGGUUUUCUUGGCUAUAGCUGUUGGAAAUAUUUUUAUUUUGGUGAUUGUUAAAUCUGAAAGGUCCCUUCACAAACCAACGUAUCUUAUCUUUUGUCACCUGGCAUUAACUGACCUAAUGUUUGGCACUGUUACUCUACCAAAGAUUAUAUCAAAAUACUGGUUUAAUGACAGCAUUGUUGCUUUCUAUGGCUGUUUUGCACAAAUGUAUUUUGUUCAUUUUUUAGGUGCAACUCAUUCUUUCAUUUUGAUGGUGAUGGCUUUGGAUCGUUUUAUUGCAAUUUGUGCUCCACUGCGUUACAUAUCACUUUUCACAAAUACUACAGUUUCUGUGCUUUGUGGAAUGUCCUGGUUUAUGCCAAUUUCAUGGAUGCUUGGUGUAGUUUAUGAUGCACUAAGAAUACCUUUUUGUAAUUCAAAUGUAAUUGUUCAGUGCUACUGUGACCAUUUGUCAAUAACCAGCCUUGGAUGUCAAUAUGUUCGUGAAGUUAAAAUUGUUGCAUUAGGUCUUGCCAUGUUUAGUUUGUUAUUGCCUCUGGGUUUCAUUAUUGUGUCUUAUUUUGUCAUCAUUGUUGCUGUUUUGAGAAUGUCCUCUUCUGAUAGCCGCAUGAAGACUUUGUCUACCUGCACACCACAGCUAAUCAUCACAUGUCUCUACUAUUUGCCAAGAUGUUUUGUGUACUUGGCAAAUUUUGUGGGCUUCCAAUUCAGUCUUUCGGGUCAAAUUAUUGUUGUAAAUCUGUACAGUCUUUUACCUUCUGCUGUCAACCCAGUGAUAUACUGUUUCAAGACGAAGGACAUCAAAGAGAACUUGAAAAAGAAAUUCCUUACCUGCAAAAUUAAUAUCACCACAAAAACUGGAUAA